AUGUCUCGGUAUGGUGCAAUUCCAGAGUCGUUGGAAGAUGCGACACAAAGCAAUAUGUUCAUGGUCAAGACAAUUGAGUGCAGGGAGAAGUACGAACCACAUUAUGAGGCAUGUUGUACUGUAAAGCAUUCAUCAAAGGAACAUGCAUUGGAGUCGGUUGUAAAUGCAUCAGUUUCCAUUUAA